UUGCGUCGUCUUCGCGCCGCGACGCUAGUUCGUUCUUAUUAGUGAAAAAGAAAAAAAACUUAUCCUCCCUCUCUUUCUCUCUCGUGCGCGCGUGCGUUCGAACGAGAGGGAGAGAGAGAGAGAGAAAGAGAGAAUAUCUAAACGACGAGGUGUUUGAAUUUUUGUGCGUUGUGUGUCUUUCUUUUUAUCGAAUUUUCUCGCGAGCGUACUUCGUUUUGUCUUGUUUUCUUGUGUUUCAAAAAAAAAAAAACGAACAAAAAGGAAAAAACAUCCUUCUUUCUUCUUCUUCUUCUUCCCAACUUCGUUUUCACUCGAAAUCCAAACAAUGGCGUAUCUAAACGGUAGCGAGUAUACGAUUCGAGAAUGGAGCCAGGAAGCGAGCGAAUCGACGAGAAGAAUUUAGAAAAGGACAAAGAGAAAAGUAAUCUAAUCAACGAGAAGAAGGAAGAAAAGGCAUUGAGAGAAUUACGAGUUCAAACGGUGGACAAAUUAACGAAUAUCGAAAAAAACGUCCUCGUAUAUUCUUCAUCGUAUGGUCAAAAGAAAGAGAAAAAGGUCGUUAAGCUCGUCGAAGAAGAAGCUGGCGAGAAAAGGAAUAUAAAUAAUAAUAAUAAUAAUAAUAGCGGCAACGACAAGACUAAUAGUAAUAGUAAUAAUAAUAAUAAGGAUAACCUGGUAUUUGAGAAGCCAUCGUUUCCAUCUUUCAAGGAAAAAAUCAAACCUAUUAAGCUGAUCAAACGUCCAACGACGAUCAGCAAUUUAUUAGUCGCAGGUUUAGACACGAAAAACUUUUUAAUUAAAGAGGAGAACUCGAAGGCGACCGAUGAAAAUUUUCGAGGAAUACCGAUAAAGAGGGAGGAUGUUAAGAAGGAUGUUAUUACGAAUGACGAGAAGAAGAGAAUCGAUCAGAGCCCGUUAGAUCGUUUGGAAGAAAGUAGAUCGAAGAUCAAAAUAUUGCAAGAUAAUUUGGGCACACAGAUACAAGCUAUCACAGCAUUGAGUUAUAACGAAGAAUUAUCGAAUCGUCCUUCGAGAUCGUCGCUCGAAAUCGAAACGAGUCAAACCCUUAACGAGAUAAAAUUCGAUUUAGAUUUUUUAGAAAGGCAAAGAUUGGACGAUAGAUUGGAGAUAGAGGAGAAACGUUUAAAGGAUAAGGAUUUGGAAACUAAAUCGCGUUAUUGCAAAAAAGUAACCGAAAUUGAGAAAAGAUGGUCAGGGGAAUUUCUUCAACGUAGAUCUACAAAUGAGGAUCGAUUGGAUUCGUCGUCAUCGGAAUCGUCCUACGUUGAAGAAUUCGGAAGUGUAUCGUCCCAGGAGAGUAUAGUAGUUGAAAGAUCUAUAAAAUUGUCUAAUGUGAAGUUUGAAGAAGAUCAAGUAAUAUCAUCCAGAAGACCGUCCGUAGAAUUUUUGGAAGGUAGUACAGUCAGUACGCUUGGCUCGGACUCUGGAUUGGACGAGGAAGAGAAAAAACUCGCGAAGGACUUUUGUGUCGAUCAACGAUCCUCCGGCGAUAGAUCGUACGAGGAAAGGAAAUUGAACGAUCGAUCGAUUCCAAGGGAAUCCAAAGGGACAAGCGAAACGGAAAAUAAGAUAGAGUCAACAAAUAUCGAGGACGGAUACGCCAAACUGAUAAGAGAAUUUACAAUGGAGCCUGGUGUUUCGAGAUUGAAGAAGGAAGAAAAGCAGAAAAAGAAAUCUGGCUUAAGAAGAUUGUUACCGGGUUUCUUUUCGCCGAAGGACUCGAGAAAGGAUUAUAACAACAAGAAGAAGGAACGAAAAGAGAGAAGGAAACAGGACGAGAGACAUUUCGCUCGUUAUCAACAAAAUGGUAAUUACACGAGAUCCCCCGACACUAUGAAUUUGAACGAGGAUAUAAAGAGAAACGUAAAGUUGGAUAACAGUUUGAACGGUUCGAUAAUCGAGGAAAGAUUGGACGAGAUCAAACGCGAAUUGUUUCCCGAUCAAGGAUUGAUCACAAGUACGCCCGAUCAUUUUUCCGAAAACGACGACGGAAGGAAGAUCUUACAACAAUCGAAAUAUCGUACGGAUGUAGCGCCAUCGAAUUCGAUCGUACAGGAUGUCGAUAGAUGGUACGAUAGGAAAAUAUCGUCGAACGAAAAAUACGAGGAAAGAAAUUUAGAGGAGGACGUUGAGAUAAAGACGGGAUUGGAAUUGGACAAUCGAAGAUUAAUGAUAGGUGGCCAAUUGGAACGUAAGCACAGUCUUCAAGAAGCGGCAAAUCGUGGUGGCCGAAUGUUCUUUCAAAGGAAUCACGGACCAUCUGGUAGGAUCUCGGCACCACCCACUGAAAGAUAUUUUUCUAAAUCAAGAUCGGUAAGACCGAUGGAUAGACCUUUACCGGCUAUACCACGUUCCAGAAUAGAAUUAUCCAAUUAUGAGAAUUACGAGAGGCAACAGCAGCAGCAGCAGCAACAGCAGCAACAGCAGCAGCAGCGGCAACAGGAGGAGGAAGAGGAGGAGGAGGAGGAGGAAGAGGAAGAGGAAGAGGAGAGGGAGUCGCGCGUGGAAAAUUAUGAAAACGAAGUUGCGAGACAAUCCGUAACAGCGGUUAUCAUCGAUACCACCGGGAGUCACGAUAGAAUCGGGAAAUAUUCGUCGCCUGGAUCCAGCCAAAAGUCAGGCGAUUAUGCCGAUUCCUGUUGUACACCUAAUUCCAGUCAAAAGAGCGAAUUCUCGCCGUCCAGUUCGAAAAGUGGUGAAUAUUAUUUGAAUUCACCGAGAACAAGCGCUAGAACAUCACCAAGUACACAAACCGAAGGGAUUUAUGCGAACGAGAAUCCACGGUCUAUGAAGAAUCCCGAUUACGUGGACGAGAUCGAGGAACGAGUAUACGACGAGACACCACCUUCUCCGCUUAGAGAUAAUCCUGAUAAUAACGUCGAUAGAAAGGUCGAUAAUGACGGUGUUAAUACGAGCAAUAAAAUUCCUAUUGCGAGUAAAAAGUGUUUGUCGUCGCCAAGAGGAGCCUCGAGGAAGGCUCAGCCGAGCGAUCAAAUUUUAAUAGCUUCGCCUAAAAGAGAAAUUAUUUACGAUAGAAGAACGUUCGGUAAUAUCCAACGUAUACGCUCAGAAUCACCGGUUAAUGUGUCGAAGGAACGCGUCGAAAGGAUCAACGAUAUUGCUUUUUCUAAAAUUAAGGAAAGUCAAGGUCAACGUAAUCGCGAGAACAACGAUGGAAAUAGAUCGGCCAAUAGUUUGCCACCAUUAUCGAUGAUACCAACGGCAUCGUCGUCGGCCGGUUCGUCGGUCUGUUCUACGAUGAAAAAUCUUCAAAGACCUGAACCAAUUUAUGCUGGUUCUCGUUUACGAACGGAGUCCAGCCCGUGCAGAAGGAACGUUAAUGAUUCGUCCGGUACGACGUCUGUCUCGAGUCAAGAAAAAAUUUAUACCAGCAAAGGUUCUCUCCAACGUGAACCAAUUUCGGAUAGGCAAAGACCACGUGUUCUUGUUAAUGAAAAUUCUUCCUCGAUACCUAACGAGGCCAACGUUCAUCAAGUUUGUUGCAAUCCAGUAGCGUCGCUUUCGUCCUCCUCGACGUCACCUUCGAAAAGACGAACUAUGCAACAUUUGGAAGCUUUUUAUUGGCAACAAAAAGCAUUGGAAGCUCAUAGAAAAACUGGAUUGCCUGUUAACAACGAAUCGGUACGCGGCGAUGCAAUCCGCGACAAACAACAAACUUCUCACAAGAUAAAUCUCCCAGAGAUUCGGGAAGCCGUUUAUUGGCAACAAUUGAAGAAACUUGACGAGGAACAACAAAGGCGAAUUUACGAAAGAAAUUUAAUGGAAGAGCCGAGGCUCGAAUCGCGAACAAUUUCGAAUCGUCCGAUUGGUCGAUCCGCCAUACGUCAACAGCCAACAGGAACGCCAACCGAUACCAACAUAGAUCGAUCUUAUUGGUCAAAUGAAAAAACACGUACCGCGAAAACGAAUAAUCCAUUGAGACCUAACUUGAUGCACGGCCAAAAGGGUUCGACCCAACCGAUUCUAAUAGUCAGACCUCAACAGCACGCGAUACGUGAUCGACAAGAGAUACCAAUUAAAUCGCUCGACGAUCAUUCCAGAUUGAGCCCUAGAAGAUCGAAGAGUGCUUCGCCGCAUUUACGCGUUAAUCGUAAUCUCAAUAAAUCCGACGGUGGUAUAGUUUAUAAUUACGACGAUGAGAACGAUUCGAACGAUCCCAAUAAACAAAUACGACCGCAUCCUAUAUUCAAACGUGGAAGUUUAGUAAGUAGCGAUUCCGUCGAAUAUUCGACGACCGGUACGAAAAGAGUCAGUUUUUCUAAUCAAAAUGUUGGUACCGAAUUAUCCAAUGGUAAUUGGCCGACCAAACAUGGAACGGCCUCCGAACCACCAACGAGAAGGCACAGAAGCGACGACAGCGUUUCCGAUACCGAUUCCGUAUUCAUUCGUGAUACUAAUUUGGAUAUCGUAUAUACUGGUUAUCCAACGGCUUCUUGUUCUCGUAACUUAGAAGCCAGUUAUGGUUAUCAACGGACACCUCGAAACGAUUCAAAGUCUCUCCCUCAAGAAUACGAUGCCGAUAGACCACUUCCACCAUUACCCAAGGAACCUAAUCUCAGUCAAGGACAAAGAUGGAACGUCCCUCCUAAUAAUUAUAGGAAGUGGCCUGCCCUUUGCGAGAGCGAAAGCGGAAGCGAAGCUGCCGGGGAGGUUCAACGGAUAUUUGCGAGGACUGACGAGGAAGAGUGGAAUCCAGAUGGAAAGGGUCGACAGUCAAACGAUACCGGUGGAUCCGGCAGGGUGGAGGGUGAAGUCGGCUCGAACGAGCUUACUCUUACGCCGGGUAGACGGAGCAUCGCCGGAGGUGGUGGAGGCGGCAUCGGUGGCGGGGGCGGCGGUAGCAUCGGCGGCGGUGCUGGAGGCGGAGGAGUUGGAGGAGGAGGAGGUGGUGGUGGAGGAGGUGGCGGUGGAGGAGGAGGUGUGGUUGGGAUCGGUGGUGGAGUCGGUGGGGGUGGUGGUGUCGGAGGAAACGAAAUCGGAGGUGGAAGGGUCGGUUCGGGUAGUGGUGGUGGUGGUGGUGGGAGUCGUUCGAGGGACGAGCCGAGAAGGCACACCCUUGGUGGCGAUCAUCAACCCUCUCUUCAUCAUCAGCAGUUCAACGCCGGGGGCCAACAGUUACACCCCCUUCAUCCCCGUCACUUGCCGCCACCCCAUAGCCAAUACGGCACCAUGGAUCUCGAGAUGGGGACCAAGUCUCGCCAGAGAAAGUCGCCUCUUCUGCGCGGUUACACGCCACCCUCGUCAACGAUGCUAUUCGACGAUGAUCCAGGCAUCAUGUCCGAAGUGGAAACCUCCAGUACUGGUUUUCGAAGGGGUGGAAAACAAAGAAGUAGCCUACCCGUUGUCCGAACUCCAAGUAAAACUUUGGAGCGACCAUUAGACGAUUCCCCAGGACUGGUGUUCCUACAGUACAGGAACGAGACGAAGAGGGCACUUCUCCCAAACGAAAUAACCAGCAUAGACACUGUAAAGGCUCUCUUCGUCAGAAGCUUUCCAAAACAGUUAACUAUGGAAUAUCUCGACAGUCCACAUGUAAAGGUUUACAUACACGAUAGUAACAAGAACGUCUUCUACGAGCUAGAAGAUCACAGGUUACAUCUACGAGAUAUCAGGGAUAGAAGCGUUUUAAAACUAUUUGAAAGUGCCGAUGGAGUCGCUGGAAUGCCUGGUCCAUUGGGUAUACCAGGCGGUGGAGGAUUGCCACCUCAUUGGGAGGAUCAAAGUUAUUUCAGUGAGCCUGAAUUUGACAGCGAGUAUCAACAUCAACAUAUUCACAAGAGUAAGACAGCGAAAAAUUCCAAUUCCGGUAGUGGUGGAUAUUACGUUGGUGGUAGUAGUACUUUACCACGAGGUGGAUCUCUUUUAAGGGCGUAUAGUCCAGCAGCAUCGUCGGUAGUGGCAGGACCAAAUGCAACUCCAACACAACCGAAGCCAUUAUCUACACCAGGAGGUGGCGCGGUGCCGCCAGCCAAGCCGCUUCGCAGCUACCAGUGCGGCAAAAAUCCCCUUGGAAGUCUUGGGGGCUCUGCUCGUUUCUCUAGAGACAGCUCGGUCUCCCUCUAUAGUAUACCAGAUCGAUUGCACGGUGAGAGUGGUUACAUGAGCAGUCCCGAACGAGGUGGUGGUGUUGGAUCUGCUACUGGAAGAUAUCCACCUGGUCCCUAUAGCACUGGUAGCAGCUAUGAGGAGCCUUAUUAUUCGCAGUAUUCCGGAACAGUGACACCUGUCAUCGACGAAGAAGCAAGUUGUGGGUGGUGCAGCGAUACGGAGCUAUUGGAGGAAUCUUACAGCCUCUACGGCGUGAAACCACCAGGUCGACCACCUUCUGGACCCCCUCGAUCUCCGUUCAUACCACCAACGGCAGCCCCUAUACCCACUGGACAGAGCUACGACGCUACUCGGAUAAGGGUGGAGCACAUGGAGAGACAAUUGGCUAACCUAACGGGUCUGGUUCACAAGGCUUUGACACAUGCACCACAUACGAGUCCAUCACCAAGAGACUACUUACAGGUUCCUGCAGGUCGUGACCCUUAUGCGCGAACUACAGGCGCCGGGGAUGAGUUCGACAAACAUUCUAGCUCCAGCUCUGCCUCACUGCCAGUCUGUCAAACUACCAUUACAGAUGACUCGUUCUUAAGGACAGACGUUAAACCACCGAAAUUAGGCAAAGACAAGUCGGUGUCCUUUGAAAAGUCAGUGUCCUUCAGUGACGAGCCGCCAGAUAUGAAUUCACCAAAACAACAUUCCCCCCAACACGCAGCGGAUACAAAGCCUACGAAACCGGCAAUCAAAUCCUCCACGUUGCCGAGGAUGUCUUCGCAAGAACGAGAGAGACAUAAGCCAACUCCACCACCUAAGCCAGCAGCCUUGGUAGCUGGUCAAUACGUUUAUCGUGAUUUGGCCUUGACACCAGAGAUGUAUAAUCAAUUAAGAGGAUUACAGAAAAAGGCUAAGGAUCUUCGACAGGACGUAAAGAAUCUCAGACGUUUGUCACAAUCUCAGGCGCAUACUGUACGAGAAACUAUCAGGGAUACUUUUAUCACUAUCAGAGCAAUGUUAUUGUCCGGUGGAGACGCAGCUUGGGCUGCUGGUGAUGCCGAGAAAGUUCGGCUCAGUCGAGAGGAAGACCUCUACAAACAGGAAAUGCUUAGGCUGGAAAAAGAUCUUACCGAGCUCGAGAGUACGGUGGAGGAACUUCGUGGUAAUGUCAUCAAUAGAAAAACACGUGUGAAUAUGUCAGACGUCGAGAAUAUGGCAUUGAUAUUAAAUAAAUCGAGCAAAGCCGUGGCGGAUUUAAAGGUACGAUUUCCAAGUCUACAAGAAGGUAUGAAGGGUCUUCUAAGUUCCGAAAUGGAGAAGAUCGUACGCGAGGAGAAGUUCCUAAAGGAAGAACCUGAGAGACUGGAGUCUGCGUUGAGACGUUGCAAGAAGUUAACUGGUACACUCGUUACGCUGAAACGCUUGGCCUCGGUGCAAGAGCAGCGAUUACCAAAUGCAGCAAGCGUGGAUGCCGAAGAGACCCCACCAAUAACACCAACCUCAGCGCAACAUUCCAAGUUGACUAAUACCGGACAGCAAUCGAUGCCAAAUGUAAAAGAGCCCCAAACGAGUACUGACUUGUAACACGCACAACGCACGCACAAAACGUAUAACCGACCGCAGGUCCGUGCACGCACAUUCGCACAGUCUACGUAUGCAUGUUACGUUUAGCGUCGUUAGAAAGUUUCCUUGGGUAUCGUGCGAAAAUGGAAAACUCUGACAUAUUGAAAAAAUCGAUAUACGAUCUCGUAUUAGAACUGUAUCGAUUUUUUCAUACGUCAUUGGCUUAUACACACGGUAGAAACGUGAUACCGAAUAGCAAUGUGAUAUAUGUAUAUAUAUUUAUAUAUAUAUGUGUGUGUGUGUAUGCGUGCGUGUGUGCGCGCGUAUGUGUGUGUGCGUGUGUGUAUAUUUUUUUUCUUCCAUUUUUAUACUCUCACAAUUGCUAUUGGGUAUAACGUUUUUGUUAAACGCUCAAGUAUGCGCCGAAGCGAAAGCUACAAGUUAUGGAUUAUUAUAUGUGUGGAAAAGGCAAAUCGUGAU